CCAAUGGCCCCACUCACGAUCCCAUCCCUCCUCCCCUCAACUGACUUCUACCUCGCCAGCGGCACCGUGACAGUCGACCGGCUCCUCCGCAAAGUCCUCAUCAUCCGCGAGCGCGGCACGAGCGCCUACCAGCUCCCACGCGGCCGCAAGGACUGGUCCGAGGCCCUGGAGGCGACCGCCGCCCGCGAGACCUUCGAGGAGACGGGCGUGCGCUGCGCCCUCCUACCCGUCCCGCUAUCCACGCGCGCGACCCCUCCCUCGGGCCGGCAACAUGCACAGCCACCGCCCGGCUCCGGCGGGGACGUACGCCUGACCGAGCCGUUCGCGCUCAUGCAGCACCAGCAGCCCUGCGGCGCCCUGUCCGUCGUGCUGUGGUUCGUCGGCGAGGCCGACAGCGCCGCGCCCGCCGCCGAGGGCACGCAGAUGGCCGACGAGGACUACGAGGCCCGCUGGGUCGACUACGCGGAGGCUGCCGCGCUCAUGGCCGACAACGGGGACUACGCCGAGGUGGUGCGGCGGGCGCUCCGGUUGGUGGAGGCG